CCCCCCUCAGGCCCGGAGGGCAGGAAAGGGCCAGGAGCGAGAGCGGCUGGAGAGGAGAUGCGGGCGCACCCCGGGGGCGGGCAGGGCUGAGAGAGGCAGUGAGAGAGACAGCCCCGGCACUCGGGAGGGCAGGGAAGCAAGAUGGCGGCUUCCCUGUGGCUGAACUGCGGCGGCAAGGGGGUGGCGAGGCUGCUGCUGCGGGGGCGGCCGGCUCCGGGCGUGGGUGUGUUUUUCCCCGGUGGAGGAGGCUGGAGGCGUCUGCGCGGGACCCCAGAGCUGCUGGGUACGCCUGGUAUUAAAGUUCUCAUGCCUGCACUUUCUCCUACAAUGGAAGAAGGAAACAUUGUGAAAUGGUUAAAAAAGGAAGGUGAAACAGUGAAUGCUGGAGAUGCAUUGUGUGAAAUUGAAACAGACAAAGCGGUGAUUACCAUGGAAUCAAGUGACGAAGGCAUAUUGGCUAAAAUACUGGUGGAAGAAGGAAGCAAAAAUAUACGCUUGGGCGCACUAAUCUGUCUGCUGGUAGAGGAAGGACAGGACUGGAAGCAAGUUGAAAUACCAGCUGAUGGUAGUGAACCAUCUCCUCUGGCUCCACCAGCACCUGUGCUUACCUCAACUCCUGCAGGUCCUUCAGUUUCAGCCCCUCCUAAACUGGAACAUCAACCUGGAAAAUUGCAGGUUCGCUUAAGUCCUGCUGCUCGCAACAUUCUGGAGACACAUGGACUAGAUCCAAGCAAUAUUACACCUUCUGGACCUCGAGGAAUCUUCACUAAAGAGGAUGCUCUCAAACUUCUGCAAGAGAAGCAGAAGGGCAAACCCAGUGAAUUGAAACCUGUGGUUUCUCCAGCUCCUCCCCAGCCUACUGCAGUGCCUUCUGCUUUGCAAGCAACAGCUGUGACUUCUGCUUCUCCAAGGCCAGCAGUUCCACCAGUUUCCACACCAGGACAACCUGCUGCACUGGGCACAUUCACAGAAAUCCCAGCCAGCAACAUCCGAAGAGUUAUUGCUAAGAGAUUAACAGAAUCUAAAACUACUAUACCUCAUGCAUACGCUGCUGCUGACUGUGACAUUGAUGCUAUUUUGAAAUUAAGAAGAGAAUUGGCCAAAGAUGACGUUAAAGUAUCUGUAAAUGAUUUUAUUAUCAAGGCAACUGCAGUUACACUGAAGCAAAUGCCAGAUGUGAAUGUAACCUGGGAUGGAGAAGUCUGCAGGCAGCUGCAGUCCAUUGACAUUUCUAUUGCUGUGGCAACAGACCGAGGUCUCAUUACACCAAUCAUAAAAGAUGUUACUGCCAAGGGAAUAAAGGAAAUUGCUGCCUCUGCAAAGGCUCUAGCAAAGAAAGCAAGAGAUGGAAAACUGUUACCAGAAGAGUACCAGGGAGGAUCUUUUAGUAUCUCCAAUCUAGGCAUGUUUGGCAUCAAUGACUUCACUGCAGUCAUAAACCCUCCACAGGCCUGCAUCCUAGCUGUGGGCCGAGCAAGACCAGAGCUGAAGAUUGUGGAAGAUGAAGAAGGGAAUGAGAAACUUAUGCAGCAUCAACUCAUGACAGUGACUCUUUCAAGUGAUGGUCGGGUGGUAGAUGAUGAACUGGCUUCAAAGUUUCUGAAGACCUUGAAAGCGAACAUAGAGAAUCCAAUGAGACUUGCCUUGUGUUAAACUUGGUGAAGAUUGUUUCUUGUUUUGAUAACAUAGAUAACUGUUACGUACUUGGGGUUGUUUUUCUGUACAGAGGAAUAAAUAGUUACUGUGAGAUGGAGAGUUAAAAUAUUUAAUUUAUUGAGUUAAUGUGAAAAACUAUUAAUUUUCAUGCUUUUAGUCUUUUGCAAUGACCAGGUUUUAUACUGUAAAGCUAAAAGACUAAAGUUAACAUACUAUGUUUCUUUAAACACUUAGUACUAAUAGCACAUAAUGUUUGUGUAGAAAAGUCAAUCUCCUCUGAAAAGGAAAAUUCAAGAAAACUAUGAAAUUUAAAAGGGAAUCAUAGAAUAGUUUGGGUUGGAAGGGACCUUUAAAGGUUAUCUAGUCCAACCCCCCUGCAAUGAGCAGGGACAUCUUCAACUAAAUCAGGUUGCUCAGAGCCCCAUGCAGCCAGACCUUGAAUGUUUCCAGGGAUGGGGCAUCUACUACCUCUCUGGGCAAUCUCUUCCAGUGCCUCACCACCUUCACAGUAAAGAACUUCUUCCUUACAUAUAAUCUAAAUCUAACCUCUGUCAGUUUAAAGCCAUUACCCCUUGUCCUGUCACUACAUGUCCUUGUAAAAAGUCCCAUCUCCAUGUUUCUUGUAGGCUCCCUUUACAUAGUGAAAGGCUGCUAUGAGGUCUCCCCAGAGCCUUCUCUUCUCCAGGCUGAACAACCCCAACUCUCUCAGCCUUUCUUCACAGGAGAGGUGUUCCAGCCCUCUGAUCAUUUUCAUUGCCCUCCUCUGGACCCGCUCCAAAAGGUCCAUGUCUUUUCUGUGCUGAGGACUCCAGAGGUGGACGUAGUACUCCAGGUAGGGUCUUUCCUGGGCUGAGAUGGGAUGCUUUAUUUAAGGACUAAAUAUCUAGCUCUUAGAGUGAGGAAAACAAGAAUCAUAAUUGAGCAAAGUGCUGCUGUGCAUUCUAGUUAAUACCGAGAUAACUGAGUAGAUAAAUUAUAUUGCUGCUGUAGAAAUUUUUUCAGUUUUCAGAAGACUUUUCUGGCAUGUUGUGACAUCCAGAUUAGAUUGAAAUAAGGUUUAUAAGAUUUUGACAGAUAUUUCAAUGGCUUCCUACAUAAAAGCAGCAACAUUACAAACCAAAAAAGUUUUGGUUUAAUUUCAUUUUCAUCACAAAUUUAACUGUUCUUCACUUUCUCCGUUACUAUAAGCUACAUUGAAGAAAACAAGAUGACUGUGGAGAUGAAUGGGGAAAAGAAAUGACAGGAAAUUCUGAGAGAGACUAAAUUAGAUCAUAGAUAAAAAGUAAUUUCUCAAAAUAUUAAGUAAUAUGGUGUAAUCUGCAGCUUCGUUCAUAUAAUUAGAACACAUUAAAAAACAUUUAAACUGUAGGGGCAUCUAUUUUUUUCCAGUAUUUUAAGAUAACUGCGUAAUCUAAUUCCUUGUAGAGGGGUAGAGAGGAGAAUAAAGUCUGAAUAAAUGCUUUCUCCAUAAA